AUGACUUUGAGCGCUCCCAGAACAACACCACCUCUCCCAAUUAAGUUCACGUCUGGGUUGGAAAUCGUCACGGCUGCCACUCGCCCGGAUCUCUGGGCGACCCUAAACGAUCCAGCCCAUCCUCUUAAUACCGCCUGGCCAGAGUUCCUGGACCACGACCUGACAUUCAAACUGUUUAUGCCGAUAUACUCGCGCCAUCGUGCGCUCGUACGGUUUCAACUACUCGCCAUUGAGCCGAGUGCCGACGGCAAUUGCGACACUGUAGUUGGGCUGGGCCGUUCAAUCCCUUUCUUCUGGCCUGAAAUCGCACAUCUACCUUCAACCAAGCGACUUUCGGACUAUCCGGACCUCCUCAGUACCCUACCAGAUAGUGGAUACGAUGGUACGCUCCUGCGUGGGAUGGCUUCUCUAGCAUCUCAAGAUGACGAGACACAGCCAAAUGCCCUCUCAGCCCUUUCAAUCACAAUACGGCCCGAUAGGCGACGGCAGGGGCUGGCUGAGGCUCUGGUGAGCGCAAUGAAAGACACGGCACGUGCCAGCUCCUUGCGCUGUCUUGUUGUUCCCUUGCGCCCCACGCAAAAACACCGCUUUCCAUCCGUCCAGAUGGCAGAAUACAUUAACUGGACGUGGGACGAUCCAGAUCCGGGAAUCAGUCCUAUUCGACCGUUCGAUCCCUGGCUUCGAAAACACCUGCAACUGGGCGGCCGGAUCGUCAAGAUCGCUACGUCCAGCAUGAUUAUCCGCGGCACAUGCGAUGAGUGGAGGAAAUGGACUGGUGUGGACCUCACCGCAUCCAAGGAUCGGGAGAAGUCUAAAGAACGCUAUAUCGAGGUCCCUAUCCCGCGAGGCCUCGUGCCCGUCCGGGUAGACCUUGUAGAUGGGACCGGUAUCUAUACGGAGCCCAAUAUUUGGAUUUACCACGAGCUAGAUGACUUGGGAUGA